AAAUGUCUAUUAAUAAUAAAAAAACGUUUUCAUUGGAAUCGAUAGUUCGACCAAACAUAUUAACACUUAAGCCGUAUAGAUGUGCCCGAGAUGAUUAUUCAUCAGGAAUACUAUUAGAUGCAAAUGAAAAUUCGUUUGGAGUUAUAUUACCUAAAAAUGAUGAUAAAUUAUUUAAAGAAAAUGGGGAAACAUUAACAUUAGGAAUAGAAAAUCUUAAUAGAUAUCCUGAUCCAAAUCAAGUUAAUAUUAAAGAAAGAUUAGUAGAAUUUAGAAAAGUACCUAAUAUAGAUUAUUUUUUUUUAGGAGUAGGAUCAGAUGAAUGUAUUGAUUUAAUUAUAAGAAUAUUUUGUAUACCUGGAAAAGACAAAAUUUUAAUUACACCACCAACUUAUGGAAUGUAUUCUGUUUGUGCAAAUAUUAAUGAUGUUAAUAUUAUUAAAGUUAAUCUUGAUGUUGAAGAUGGAAAAUUUCAAUUAAAAACUGAUGAGAUAUUAAACGUUAUAAAAGAACAAAAGAAUAUAAAAAUAAUUUUUUUAUGUUCACCAGGAAAUCCGACAGGUACAGCAUUAUCACAUGAAUCAAUUAAGAUUUUAUUAGAAGAUGAAAAUUAUAAUGGAGUAGUAGUUAUAGAUGAAGCUUAUAUUGAUUUUGUUGAAGAAGAAAAGAAUAAAAAUGGUAGUUUAGUUAAAUGGGUUACAGAAUAUCCUAAUCUCAUUAUUAUGCAAACUUUAAGUAAAAGUUUUGGAUUGGCUGGUAUCAGACUUGGAGUAUCAAUCGCUAAUCCAAAUAUAAUUCAAUUAAUGAAUAACACAAAAGCACCAUAUAACAUAAGUGCGUUAACAUCACAUGUAACAUAUACAGCGUUAUCACAACAAAAUAUUUUAAAAAUGAAAUCAAUUAAACAACAAAUACGUUCAGAGCAUAAUAAACUUAUUUCUUCUAUUAAAAAAAUUUCUGGUAUUGGAAAAAUUUUAGGAGGAAAUGAUGCGAAUUUUAUAUUGGUACAAAUAUUAGAUAAAAAUGAUCAAAAUAUAGUUAGUAAUGAUAGAGCUCAUCAAAUUUAUAAAGAAUUAGCAGAAAAUCAUGGUAUAGUAGUUAGAUAUAGAGGAAAUGAAAUUGGUUGUGAAGGAUGUUUAAGAAUUACCGUUGGAACUCCUAAAGAAAAUGAAAUCUUAUUAAAAAAUUUAAGUGAAUUACUCGAAGGGGAUAAAAAAAUUUAAAUGAAUUGUUGAAAGUAAAUUGCAUUGAAGGAAUUACAAAAAUUUAGUUUAAAAUUAUAACCACAGAUAAGAAAAUUUUUUUAUCAAUGUUAUUUAUUUUGAUAAAUUAUUAAAUAUCAUCAUUAUUUAAUUAGGUUCAAAAUUUUUUUUUUUUUGGUAAUAAUG